UGUAACAACAUACAUCUUCAGAAGUGAUGGUUAAAAAGAUUACAGUAAAAUUUAAAGAUCUAGGAAAAGACUGGAACCUGAUAGAGAGGUAAAAGCAAUAACUAAUGACAAAAAUGAUGAUGACAGUGACGCUAUUUGAAGUCUGCAUCGGAAAUUAUAAUAUACGAUGCUUACCCUUGCGCCAAAAGCCUGGUUAAACAAUGGUUUACCAGGGUUCAAGCCUGGCUGAACCAACCAGACUUAUCUGGCUUUCAAACCGGGCUUACCAGAUUUUACCAUAUGUGUAAAAAGCCUGGUUAACCAGGGUAUUCCUGGUAAGCCUGGUAAGCCUGUUUAUCCUAAGAACCAGGAAAACAAGACUUUAACUAAAGUUUUAAAUGAACCAGGCUUACCAGACUUUACCAUAUGUGCAAAAAGCCUGGUUAACCAGGGUAUUCCUGGUAAGUCUGGUAAGCCUGGCUAUUCUAAGAACCAGAACAACCAGACUUAAACCAGGCUCGUGAAAUUCUGAAUGAACCACGCUUACCAGGCUUGAACCAUAUGUGCAAAAAGCCUGGUUAACCAGGGUUUUCCUGGUUAGCUUGGCAAGACUGGUAAACCAGGCUUUACCAGGCUCUUAAAGUAAUGGUCAAUAAACCAGGUUAUCCUGGUAUACCAGGGUUUCACUGGUUAGCCUGGUUUCUCAUUCAAUAACCAGAAAAACCGGGUUAAACCUGGCUCUUGAAGAACUGAAUUAAUAAGGGUUUAACCAGGCUUGAACCAACUGAGAAAAAUUAGUCUGGUUAAACAGGGUAUUCUUGACAAAACUGGUAAAUCCUGGUUCCCAGAAUAUCUUUGAGAAACAAGAAGUAGAGAAAAAGUUUUUCUUUGCCAACAUUUUCAUUUAAAGCAGGUUUUAAAUCUCGAAUCACUAGAGUUUCUUUUAUUCUACAAUGCAAAUUCAGUGUUUAUUUCCAAAACAAGGCUUAAAGUGAAUAUUUGAAAGCUGGAUAUAACAUUUAACAUAUUAAAAAAAAAUUCAAGGAAAUAUUUCUGUACAAAACUAAUUAGGCAAAGGUAUUUAAACCACAUGACGAGUAACAUAUAAGUGAAGCAUGAGCUAUGAUUUAUAGAGAGAGAUUGAUAGUGACCAAUUCAAUUGUCAAAAAUUUUGAACCUAACCAAAUUGAAAAAUUAAGUGGUUGUGGGAAUUUUUACAGUACCGUUCUGGAGCUUUUCAAAUAUUUACUGCUAAGAAAAAAGCAAGGUAAAUAACCAAUAUACCACUACCUAAAAGCGUGCCUUUCGUGCAUCACGCACGAGCGAGAUUAUAAAGACUGCACCCCUCUUUACACCUUUUUUAUACUACAAAUCAGUUAUCGUUAUAAAUUUAUUGAAUUCUUAAAGACGUGGACUGUGAAGGAGCUGAGAACUGAUUUCUCCUUCCGUGACCACAAACAAAAUAGAACUCUUAAGAGUGGGACAUCUUGACUACAACCUUGACAUUGGAUUUUCUUCCCUUAAAAAUGUUUACGUUGUAAAAAGCCAUUUCUACUACAAAAUUGCGAAAGUCAUUUAAUCCGUCUUUCAGUGAAAUGAAUAACACGAUGACUCACUUUGGCUCACUUAGUACCUCCCAAUUAGUAGCAAGGAGAAUUCUUUUAACUAUCAAUUAUUUUGAAUUGAACUCUUCAUUAUAAAUGAUCAAAUUAUGGAAAAUGAAUUGAGCAUGGCUUUUCAUUUUAUUUUUCUUUAUUUCUUUAUUUUUUUUAUUUCAAACAACAGUCGAGUAUUAACAUAGCUGGUAGGGUUUCUCAAGCUCCGGGGUAACCCCAAUAACCUUGUAAAUACGUCGCUUUCUGAAGCAAAAAUAAAUGUCUGAAAUGUGGGGGUGCAAGAAUAACCCGCCUACUUGGAUAACUCUUUCCGGAUUUUAAACAGGCCUCAGUGGGAACUAAAAGUUGAAUAGAACAAUAACGAAAUUCAUUUCCCAUUAGUAAAAGCCAUUCCUUAAUAAUAAGUAAGGAUGUUAAAGAAAUGGAAAAUGGCCCGAAAAAAUCCCAAGAUAAAACUGAUAUCAUGGAUGAACAAGCGCUUUAGAAUUGGCAGAAUUUUAACCAGUUCAAACAAGAGAUAUUAUGGCUCUUACUUCAAACAAACAUGGCCACUCAUCUAAUCCCGUCUGACUUCGCCAUUUUGCAAUCACCAUGAUUUAUUUAAUUCGCCAGGCUCUUCGCUUUGUCAUUAUGGACUUUCUCAUUAAGUUGUAUUGAUAUUUUAUGGGAGGCCACUUGCCAAGACUGUCUACCCUUGACAUUAUUUGUCAUUUCAGGCACCAAAUGUGUCACUUAUUAGUACUUGUAAACUAUCCAAUGGAUUCUUUUUCAUGAUUGUCUAAUUGAAAGUAUUGCUCAUGAAAACUUUAUGAUGUGACAGAGGAUACAGUCUUUUUACGCCUUAUCUAAUUCAAAUAGUUUUAACUGCUGUAACCUCCAUCGAACCUUUUCCAAUAAAUUUUUGACCCUGGCUAAUUUAAAACUUUCUUUCUUUGAGGCGUGCUAAUUGUAUUCUUUUGUAUUAUGACGUCUCAGUUUACGGAAGUUGUAAGUAGUCAAUGACAAACUAACUAGCUGUCGAAUCAUAAACCGUGUUUGACCAAGAACAUCUCUUCGCCCAGCAACAAACUCUUUUAGUCUCCGAUCACAUUUACUAAAAUAAUUUUGAACUCUGAGGAGCGUGGAUGAUCAACACCAUCCAGGUUAGUUCUAAUGUUGAGCAAUAAACUUAUGCCAAGCGACCAAUUACAGUAAACUUUAUCAAGACCAUCCCUUUAAUUUCGCACUAAGAUAGUAGAAUUCAUAUAAUCAAUUUGCUUCGGCAAUAUCAUCACUAAAAGAGGGUUAACCAAGACUCUUAUGAUAGGAACAUUGCGCUGUGAAUGAAAAGUUACUUAUUUCCCUAGCCGUAUAGAAAGAAAGAGGUUGAGAUGCAUUUAUACUCUAAUCUAUAAAUUUUACUAAGUUUGAAAACGGUGGUGUUUUCAAUGUGUUUUUUUGUACAUUGUCUUCCGUGCCCGAGUAGAAGAUGGUGUCUUCAGUCGUCCAAAUCCUGGCCACCGGCUUUCACAUCAGAACUCCCAAAAAUACCAAAACAAUAACGAUACAUCUCAGUUGUUGUUUGAGCUGUCUUACCAGCUGGAAACAUUGUUCUUGCAUUUCAGCAUCCAACCUUAACUUUCGUUUUUGGGUCAACCAACGUCUUCGGAAUCGGAAUAUAGGCUUCCUUUCGGAUUUGUAGUUAUCAUAGCAUCAUAGCCCCGUCGACCCACUGAUGAACAAAUCGUCAGGGUUCUGGCAAGUCGUUUUUUAUUGUACCGCAUUUAUUAUAGCUACUAAUUCUUGGAAAGUAUGAGGUGAUUAGAAUGGAGCCCGACCCCUUUUACCUUCCCUUGGCACCGAUUGCUAUUUUUUAAAGGCGCUGAUACUCAGCUGCCGGUUUAAACAUUAUCAGGGACUGCAAGUCUAGGAUGUGCGACACAUAACUUCAAUGGCAGAGCUUGUGUGUUGCAAGAGGGGAAUGUUAUCUCCCGGGCGGAGUAUGGGGGUAUAUAGCGGACACGAUUUUUAAGGCUCAAUGUGCACGUUGUUUCAGCGUCACGGAAAAUCCCAAGAUGUUUAUUAUCAAUUCUGUAAUAAACAUUUCUCUUUUUGUCUAUACUCUUCUUGCCAGAGGGGCCAAUUUGAAAAUCCAAGCUGUUUUAAAUAAAAGAUGGCAGACUAUCCUUUUUUAAUUUUUUUUUCUUGCAAAACAAAUGCGUUUUUUCGGACGCCAGAAAAACUCGAAAUAUACACACCCGAUUUUCGCACAGUCACAUACCAUUUGUUGUUUAUUUUAUUUGCGUUCGAGAAAAAGGGGGAGUAACUUACUACCAAGUUAUCGCUCAAAAACUUUAAGCUCCCAUACCAAGUGGUGGUAUUAGAGAAGACUGCAAAGCGAGAGUCUUCAUUGGGCAGCAAACAAAAAUUUCUUUAUUUUACAAUUCCUUCUAGUUUUACUCCAAUGUUGACCGAUAUGGAUCUGUCGAAUGAUAUGGCCUCUUUUAAACAGGGUUACCUGAUAAGAGUGGAACAAACUUGUUUUUGCAAAGAGAAAUCUGCCUUUUACCACUACGGGCGGACCAUUUGAACAUGUUGAGCAUUGUGAAAAUCGUUUCAGCUGAAUGCCCUCAUAUUCCGCCCGGGAGUUAACUUUUCCCGUUGCAAGAAGGCGUUGUCCAGCAUUUACACGGACAGCUUUGGUGACCGAACCAACCCCUCUGAGAGCCAUUACUAUCACUUAACAACCGUCAUAAACUGCACUUUACUUCCAUUAUUUUUAAUAGAGUUUCCUUGUUUCCCAUUUCUUUUGUUUGUUUUUUGAGCUAGCCCUAAUUAUUUCUGUAUUGCUACCCACCUAGAAUAGCUCCGCUGUGGGAAACGUCAGAUAAUUGUAAACGUUUUUCAUAUCCAUAAAUUGAUGUUUGUUCUGUUGUUGCAUUUUUAUCAAAAGGAGGCUUUUUUCAGCCAAGAAAAAUUUCCUUUUUCAAAAAGGACUUUGUUUGUAUCUCAUUUUCCAGUUGCAGAUGCAAUGAAUACUUUGUGGAUUUUGGCUGUGAUCAUUUUGGGCUUGUCUUUACGUAAGUAUGUCUACCUCUUUACUGAGCUUGGAAAUCAGCAUACGUAGAAGCAUCUUUUCCCCUAGUUAUUAUACGGACAAGUGGCUUAUUCUCAUAGUUAUGUAUGACUACCCAAACAUUUCAUUAAUCCCGGAAGAAAGAACUCGCCAAGGUAUUUUCAUUCGCAGUUCAGGAUUCAAUUGUCUGUGUAAAGAACCGCCGAGAAACUGUAAAACGUGGUUGUAUUAACGAUAGAUAGUGUCACGUACGUUUGAGUCGAAAGAAUGUAGUAUUAAGAACAAGAUGAUUGUUGAACGUGUAGGUAGUUAGGCGAUGUUCCACUGUACUGCUCAAAAACAAUAAAAUAAUGCUAGAAAGAACAGGUUGUAAACGGUUUUCAGUAAGGACGAAAGAAUCCAUAUCCAUCUUAUUGAUUUCCUAUUUCAUUCUUCCAGCCAAAGUUUAAAUUUACCGAUCGUUACGAGACCUUGUAGUUUUUGAGCCCUAGUUGCCUCUUUAAGUUAUCUUGUAUGGGACUUUUAUAUUUCUAUCAUCUUUGCCACAGUAACUCUGACAAUAGGGUCUGGUUGUUUUCUUUCAGAUUUUGGUCAGGUACAAGGUAAGUAAAACCAUAUUCACAUGAUAAGACAUUUUCUCAUGCAUAUGUGAUUACUAAUGAGCUUACCACACAAAUAGUAUAAAAAAAACCAAGGUACUCUGUCAUAUUUGUCCACGUGUCCAUCGUCGUAUCUUAGGUUAGCUGAUCUGGAGAAUUUCCCCCACCUUGUUAUUUAACAUAUAGUUCUGAAACUGUUUUGCCUCAAAAGUUCAAAAUAUUUAUAAGCUCACUAUUCUAUCUUGGGCUCCAACAAUGUAAUCGUACAAACCAGUUGAUUUUUGAGAGACACAGGGAUGUUCAGACGUUCUUCGGACUUCGCCAAGCAUUUCUUACCUGUGAUGACGUGACGAACCCCUUAAGAACGUCUGCAUGAGAGGAUACUUGGCUUUGGUGUGCUUUCUUUUUGCACCAAAGAUCCGGUUCAUGAUGAACUUGCCUUUUUUGUGUUAAGUCAAUAGACAGCGUUCGGAAGGUACUCAAUAAAAUGAAGACUAUUAUAAACCGAAAAUAUGUUGUACAUGAAGUACUCUACCGCUGGCCAUGUGGAAGACACCAAAGCUUCAAGCUCCCCCAAUGAGUGGCUUAGUUUCAAAUUUGUAGUACCACGCUUUCUCUUAGUCAAGUGCUGUGCAUCGCUCAAUUUGCCCGUUUCAUAAUUAAUUUUGCAUUGUUAUAAUUUCGCUGACAUUAUCUGGGCAUCCUGUAUUUUGCAGAGCCCAAUCUUAUUGUUUACUUCCCAUGAUAUUGACAGUAAUGAAAAUAGCAUUGAUGGCCUGUUACAAGAAUCAGUAAAGAAAAGUGCUUUCCUUUGAGCGCCAGAUAACUGACGAGCGCUGGAAUCUGCAGUUUUAAAGAGAUAUUUAUGUAAAGUGUGAAACGAGUUACUGGCGACCGCACAAUGAAAGCUAAUGAACAAUUAUUAUCGUUGUUUAGCACGUUUUUGUUGCGAAUACUUAUUCAUUUUUUUUCUUUUCUUAAAAAAGCUCGCUCCCGUGUGACUGCUGAUGUUAGGUAGCCACAUUUUUAAAAAAUCGUUUUGUUUUUCAACGUACACACGUGUUCUUUCAAUUUAGGUAACUGUACUGAGAAGUUGGAUAUAGCUCUUCUGACUGACACUUCACUAAGCAUGAGGAAAAAGGAAAGAACGACCCUGUACGUAUUGGCUAGCAAGUUGAUAGACAAUUACCCUCUCUCCGAUGGAGGAAACCACUAUGGUUUUAUUACGUUCGAUCGUAAAGUCAAAAUCCACCACAAUUUUGCAACGCAGCUGUACUACAAUAAACAGGCUGCGUUUAAACUGCUAGUGAAGAAGAAAGUCCUUCUAGUUCCUGGUAGGAAUCAGUGGGGAACUCGAUCAGAUAUUGCUCUACACAAGGCAGCAACAGAGCUAUUCACUAGCGAUGGUGGAGACAGACCAGAUGCAAAAAAUGUUCUGCUUGUCUUAACUGACGGAAAACAAUUUAUGUUAAAACAAGAUCAAACUAUUUUACCCUUCCAAAACUUUUCAGAGAGCACAAAAACACUGGAGGUAAGUCUUUUAAGUCAUAAACAAAACCUCUCCGAACACAUAAUUAUUGAGGCGGCCAUUUCAGUUGGGCUAUUAUUUGGGAAUUUUCCUGGCAAAGCUAACCCUACCAUAUCGGAACUUUAUAGACGAACAAACGGUCUUUAUAAGAUUUCUAGUCUACUGCAUGACUGCAAUGGUUUUUGGCACCGUGGGCCACUGUUGUUCAAGUUACACUGCACAAAAAAUUGGAUUUACACAAAUUUACUCGGGGCAAAUAUGGUGCAAAAAAUGCAAACUAGAGGGAAAUCAAAGGCAAAGAUGGUAAAUACUGCAGCAGUUUCAAGCCAGUUUAAUUGCGGUUGUAAAUUCGAGGGCAAAUGCGGUAUUUACCAUCUUUGCCCUUAAUUUCACUGUAGUUUGCAUUUUUUUGCACUAAAGUUGCAUCAGUUGAGUACAUUUGGUGUAAAUCAAUUUUUUCGUGCAUUGUUAGUUGUUGCGCUAUUUUGGUUGUACUCCAAAUGUUGUUUCUAAAGUGUUUCUUUGGCUCCUAUUUCCGUUUAGGAUUGUGCUUUUUCCAAAAAAAUUGAUUAGUAUAGAAUCCUAGAGAGAGAGAGCAAGAAUUGAAUACGAGAGCGAAACCAACCCAAGACUCAGAUGUCAACCCAGAUCAAAACCAAAGAUUCUUAAGGGGUGUUGUACGUCUCUCAUUAAAAUACUACUUAUUAACCGAGAGUGAGGUCAUUACAGGAAAAUCUCAGACCGAGGGCGAGGUUUGAGAUUUCACUGUAAUGACCAAACGGAAGAGGUUAAUAAGUUAUUUAUUAAAUGGUCUUUUCAGUAUGAACCUUAGCCUGCGAUCAAUUGAAGCCAAUAACUGAUCAGCGGAUAACUUCAAAAGACACUUUACCUCAAUUAGUUGUACACUUGAGCCCGCAAUACAGUCAUGUGACACUGGUCAGCGGAUGCCCUUUUUGACAGCUGUCAAGUGACCAUCACAUGGAUGUCAUGUCUAUAAGGGUGUCCACUAUCAAGUUAAGCACAGAUUGUAUAUGUCCUGGACACCUAGCUAGUAAUGCUCGAUCAUGACCAAGAAAAUAAUGUUCGCUUAGCGGCUUAUCAUAGCGUGCGUACUAGUGUAGCCAUACAAUAAAAGCCUUUGAAAAACACUUCUUGUCAACAUCUCUCUCAUCCCCUCCUCUCUAUCCAAAAACUUUAUUAUCAAGUUAGUCUUGAUGUUUGGUUUGCCUAUAGCUGCAAGUUUAAUCCUUGAGUUUUGUUCGUUUCGCAGGAUGAAGAUGUUAGCAUCACUGUCGUUGGAAUACUCGGCAAAAAUUGGAAGGCUAAAGAAAACAAACUAAAGAUGAAAGAAAUGGCUGGCAACAAGGGACAAGUGCUUAUGUACCAGGAUUUUUCAGCCCUGACCAAACAUUUUGACGACGUGUUAGCUGCUUUGUGUCGUAGGUGGUUUUAACUGAUAUGCUACGUAGCUUCGCGAGCAAAUUUGGCCUAUCUCGCCCCUUGGGAUUUCCCACUUUUUUCUCGUUAACACGUUAUUGAACAGACUAAGCUGGUUCGUUUGACCUCACUCUCGGUCAUCACGAGAUAAGGGUAUGUUCAGCUAUAGCUUUUCUUGGCGUCACGAAAAGGUAUCUCGUGUAGUAUGAACAGCAACGGCCCGGGCGGGGGGGAGGCACACGUCGUUCACACACAUCGAACAUCGUGCCGCCGAUGUUAGCCGGGAGGGUUUGGUGCACUAAAUUCCAUUUCUCAACUCCUGAGUAUUUACUUCCGUCUCAGUGGGUUCCUGUCCUCGCUCCUACUUAUUUACUUCCGCGACGGCCGAUUAAAUGUUCACACUACCUUAAAACAUGGCACAAAACCUCUGCCAGAUAUCACUCCUCACUUUCGAGGCCGGCGAGAAGCAGAAGGCACACCUCAAUUUUUUUGACCAGUGUGCCUUAUACAAGGGCUUAUUGUAGCAGGGAUAUAUACAUUUCAAAAUCAGCUGGGUUUAUAAUUGCCUCAGCAAUUUUCCAUGAAAUAUUGCAAUAUUGGGGCAUUGACUUCAAACACAGCAUCUAUUACAGUUGAACCUCUCGACAAAGGCCACCAGAACAGAAGAGCAGGAAGACAGAAGGGAAGGGGAAAAAAUGACCGUUGUAGAGAGGUUUAUAGCCUGUUCCAGGCGUUCAGAUCGUGGGGACAGCGCAAAGAUAUCUGAGCAGAAAAAAAACAACAACAACGAGGGGGUGGGGUAGAGGUGAGAGCGAGGGAUGUUUUUCUCGCUCUCUUUCUUCGCGCCGCACUCCAUUAUCCGAACACCUGGAACAGGCUCAGAGGUUAAAAGAACGGUCAUUGAAUGGACUGUCCGCCAAAAAAGUAGCCGUUGUGGAGAGGUGCCCGUUAGGUUUGACUGUAAGUUAAAUGGAAUAUACAUUGCAAACCGCAAAUAUAAACAUCAUGGCUACAGUCAUUGACAGUGUUAAGAUUAUACGUUAGUUUAACGUCCAUACACUUACGUUCAAUAAUUAUAGAAAUCUAAAAUGGGGAAACCCAUGGCCGUGCUUUUCCGGUUUAAAUCCACUGAAUUAGAAAUAUACCCCCUUAAUAAGUGAAGAAUGAAAGAAUUAAAAAAUCUCUUUCAUCGCAUUACCACCCUGCCCAGAUGAGUCUUUUCCAUCGUUAUGACAGGAAGUCUUCCUUUUGUUACGAAUUGAACGAGGGGCUUAUUUUUGUAAGUGCAAAUUUUAAACAAACGUUUUAUCUCUUUUACAGCUGUGAACGGCGGGUACACCAACUGGACGAUUUCUAAAUGCAGUGUGACGUGUGGAGGAGGUGUAAGGACUUUUACAAGAACCUGCACCAAUCCCCUACCAGCCAACGCUGGAAAAAACUGCAGUGAACUGGGACCUGCAAACAAAACAGCCUUAUGCAAUGAACAAGGAUGCCGUAAGUCUCUUGUUUUUUUUUUUUUCAUGGUUAUGAUUUUAGUGACCAGGAAAGAGCUAAAUCGAGGAAUAUAAUAAGAACUAAACCUCUAUCAACAUUAUACACUUUAUGGCAAGACCCAACGGAAACCGAGUUAGAUUGGUGUUUCCAGAGACGAAGUCGACGGAAAACAAAACUAACUGGUUUCCCGUGGAGCCUGACAUUAAGUGUUUUGUUAUAUUCGUAGAUCAGACUUUCACUUCAACAGGGACAAAGAAUAAAGCGCGAAUCUAAAAAAAUGUUGCUACUUAAAAAAGCUCAAAUAUUAAAUUAAUUUUCGAAUCCGCUAAAUGAAUGAUUUACAAAAUACUUUCCUUGUAUUAUCUGAGGCUUUUCCUCCUGAAACUACUGUAAUUCUCUUCUUGGGUAACUUCGAAAAUCGUUUCUGUUUUUUUAGAUAGAGACUAAAUUUGUGUUGCCAGGUAACCACGAAAGCGAAAAUUGGCAAUGUUACCCACCUACUGUCACGCCACUUCCCAUCAUUCUUUGUAUCACAAUCGAGAUUCAUUUGAAUUUAAGCAAGACCACGUGGCCAAGAAUCAAUCUAUGGUAGUCCCUGUUUAAUGGAGAAAUAACACAAUAAGUCACAUACAUCUUGUCAGUAAUGUUUGCAGAUCUUAGAAAUAUAUUUUCAUCUUCCUGGUCAUGACAUUCAUCUUAGUCACUUGAUCGCGCAUUUGUUUGCCACUCGAAACGGAGUGCUUUAUUUCUCCCAGGCUAAUAUUUUCCAGCUAUUCCUGCUGGGAUAGAAAAAGGGAAUACGCCUGAGGCUUUCCAUAUUUUUCGGAACCUUUUGCCGGUAUGACCUGUACCACUUCAGAUUUCAAUCUUUUUGUCAGUGCGCUGAAGAGGUAAAGUUAGUAAACUGAAUUUAAAACCUGCUCACGGACCUCGAAACGAUAAAUCACAAUGCAACGGAUAUUCAUGGAGGCAAAUUUUCUGUGUAUGUCUUUUACAGCUGUGAACGGUAACUACACCGAAUGGAGGCUUUAUGAAUGUAGUGUGACGUGUGGUGGAGGAGUAGGAACAUUUAAGAGAACCUGCACCAAUCCCCCGCCAUCCAACGGUGGAAAGAACUGCAGUGAACUGGGACUGGGACCAACAAACAAGACAGCUUCUUGCAAUGAACAAGAAUGCCGUAAGUUUUUUUCACGUUAGCUUUGGCUCCUUUUUCAUCCUUAAAUUGCAACGAAAAUGGUCACUGGUGAUUGAGAACUAAGUCUCACAAAUUUUUUGCAUAGUUUGGAAAAAAACGAGCAUAAUUUUUGUACUUUGUAUAAAAGUGCCACUGCAAGUACUAUUAUGAUCUCGGCAUAUUUUAAUUUUUUUUCGAGGGAAAAUAAACCGGCAAGUCCUGACUUGCUCAUUGUCACUUAGAUUGAAAUAUUUAAAGGGACAGUGUCCCGAUUAUGCGCACGCGCGAGCGUCAUCUGUUUUUUCUUCAAAAGACAAUGGAACUGUCAAAUUGACUCGACAAGAUUUCCUUCCGGACCGCACCUCCGACAGAGAUUUGUUGUUUAUAUUCUCAAGUAAUAUUUUAGACUUUCGAAGAAGUCUUUCGUCUUAUAUAAAAAUUUGGCUCGCGGUUCGAAGACUCAUCGCGAUUUUAUCGCUAGCUGGGCCGCCUCGCGACCCGAAAAUCUCGUUCCGCUCGCUUUAAAAACAUAUUUUCUAAUUUGAAACUCGUGUCAGAGGUCAAUCGCUCCAAGUCCAGUAAUAUCUGCCUGAUUUGCUCGCGUUCUAGCCUCAAACGUUUGAAAGACAUAAAUAAAAAUGCAAUCUCAACGCUAUGAAUCAUCACAAAGGUUAGUCAAGAAUGAUAUUAUGAUUCAUGUCACUAGUUUUUCAAAACGUGUAGCGCCUGUUUGUUCGAUUUUGUCGGCCGUAGGGAGAUUCAUUUAAAAGUUUACUAAUGCGUCGUUGCAAAACAUUCUGCUUCACGAAGGUCCCCUCCACAAGAUCUCCUCAGUCACAUCAAUGUCUCAACGGUUUCUUCCUUACAGUCUUUAUUGUUGCUGUUUCAUUUCUGCGAAUUCCUUUCACAACUAUCUGAGCUUGUAUGGAAGCUAGCAGAAGAAAUAAGCCUUCAAUCGGCAUCAAAGUGCUUCCAAUCUUUUGGUCCUCCGGCCAACGGCAAUAAAAGUAACGCCAAAAAAUCCAGAUUUUGCCCAAAUAGAAACUUAACAGGAACAAUAUAUCAUUGAUCUAUAAUCCUGAGAAGUUUUAGUGUCAGAUUGAACCCGGCCAAGCGCGAUGCAAACGGAUUUUUCAAGAUUCUCUUACUCUCCUCGCAUCUUUUGAUUUCGCGACAUCCUGUCCAAAAAUCAAAGUUUGGUGCAUACGCAGUAACGGGAUACUGUUCCUUUAAGUUCCGUGCACGGUUUAGUCUGAGAGACGGGGGAUGAGAUUGCUGCGUCAUUCGCCGUCUGGUAGCGGGUACAACCUGGAGUGCGUCGAUCUCAGUUCCUACUUUCACAGCCCCAACAAAAUGGCGUCAAGUAAGUUGCAGUGGAGAGGAACAACAGCCGCCCGAUGGCCAAGAAAACCCUUUAAAAUGUUAACGGUCUGCUAAGUAAAAAACCAGAAGGUAUUUGACAUUAGAAAAGAUUCCAUUGCAUGGUCGCCUUAUUAAAUUAUAAAGUGUGCAAAACGUUCCAAUGCACGCAUAAUUUAAUAAAGAGAUAUAUUAUAAGCUUAGGAUGUUACAGGAGAGAAUAUUCUCUCUGGAUGUUAUUGGAUUAUUAAAAUUUUCA